UUGUAACAGUGCUUCAUAGAAUUGGAAGAAAGGUUUGGUACAAAGCUUGAAUUGUUGAAACAAUUUAUUUGGUUUGCGAUUUGACAUUUUAGUCCCAUAGAUAGACUCUCUAAAAUUACAUUCUUCUCAUAUGCUCACAACCUAUUCCCUCUUUAUAGCAUGAUAGAGAAUGAAAAGCAGUGGCUUUACUUGUUGUCAAUGAUUUGAUCUCCAUCGUGAAAUGUGUCACCACAAUGGAGAUGCAAGUUCUGUGGGAAGGAGGAGAAACCAAGAGUUUCAAGUCGAGCAGAGGACUCAGACAGGGAUGUCCCCUUUCCCAUAUCUUUUUACUCUUUGUGUUGAAAGGUUAGGGCAUUGUAUUCUAGAAGAAGUUAGUGAAAAUAGGUGGUGUCCGAUGAGGCUCUCCCCUGGAGGGCCUCCCCUCUCCCACUUAUUCUUCGUGAACGAUCUUGUCCUGUUUGUUGAGGCCUCCUUGAAGCAAGCAGAAGUCAUUAACACGUGUGUUGAUCGCUUCUGCAAUGCCUCUGGGGAGCUUGUAAGCAAGGAUAAGUAUAGAAUCCUCUUUUCUAAAAAUACUAGAGAUAGGGAUGGGAAGAACAUUUGCGAAAAACUUGGCAUUCAGUCGACCCUGGACCUAGGUAGAUACCUUGGUGUUCCUGUCAUCCAUGGUAGGAUUAUUAGAAAGACCUAUAGGUAUAUCAUUGAUAAGAUUGACCAGAAAAUCACCUCCUGGAAAGCUAGAACCCUCUCCUUAGCAGGAAGAGUAACACUAGCUCUCUCUGUGCUCAAUGCCAUUCCAACUUAUGUUAUGCAGACCAUGAUGCUCAAUGCCAUCAUUGAUAAGAUUGACCAGAAAAUCACCUCCUGGAAAGCUAGAACCCUCUCCUUAGCAGGAAGAGUAACACUAGCUCUCUCUGUGCUCAAUGCCAUUCCAACUUGUGAUUUGAUUGAUAAAAAGAUAAGAUGGUUUGUCUGGGGAUCUAAUGAGGAAAAGAAAAAUUCCAUCUGGUCUCUUGGGAGAAGGUUUGCAGACCUAAAAACCAAGGGGGGCUAGGACUUAGAACUGCUAGAAGUUUGUACAUGGCUUUCAUGAUCAAGCCUUGCCUGGAAAAUUCUGAACUAUAGCUCUGAUCUUUAGGUGCAGGUUAUGGAGAGUGGAACUGGCAGAAGCUCCAGGACUUUCUUCCUCCCAGUAUCAUCUCUCUGAUUGCUGGCAUAGAACCCCCAAAAACCAAUAUGAGAGAUGACAAAUGCAUCUGGGGGUUGGAAAGGGAUGAAAGUUUCAGGUUGAAAUAUGCUUACAAACUUGCAGCAGAUCAACUGGACUUAACAUAAGAAACAAUAUAGAAAAAC